CGCACCGAGCACCGAGCACCGAGCACCGAGCACCCCGCCACUGAUGCCCGCUGGAGCUCCGAGAGACUGAGUCUGCAGACAGUCAGCGCCAAACUAAAGAUCCGUUACAGAUAGACAGAAGGAGAGAGGAGAGAGAGAGGAGAGAGAGAGAGUUUAUAGUCAUGAUGUCCUACAUGAAACAGCCUCAUUACUCGGUGAACGGCUUGACUCUGUCCGGUACCGGGAUGGACCUCCUGCACUCCGCUGUCGGUUACCCCAACACUCCGCGGAAGCAGCGGCGCGAGAGAACCACGUUCACGCGCGCGCAGCUCGACAUCCUCGAGGCACUGUUCGCCAAGACACGGUACCCGGAUAUCUUCAUGAGAGAGGAAGUGGCUCUCAAGAUCAACCUGCCCGAGUCCAGAGUCCAGGUGUGGUUUAAGAACCGUCGUGCGAAGUGCCGUCAACAGCAGCAGCAACAGACCAGCGGUCAGACCAAACCCAGACCACCGAAGAAGAAGUCUUCUCCGGCCCGAGAGCCCAGCGUCAGUGAGCCCAGCGCCAGCACCAACACCUACAGCCCUCCACCUCCUCCUCCACCCGGCACAGCCAUCACCCCGAGCUCCAGCUCCACCAGCGCCACCGUGUCCAUCUGGAGCCCGGCCUCCAUCUCUCCGCUCCAGGACCCUCUGUCGGUCUCCAGCACGCCCUGCCUGCAGCGCUCCAGCGCAUACCCCAUGACCUACACCCAGGCCCCGGCCUACGGGCAGAGCUACGCCUCCUCGUCCUACUUCACCGGGCUGGACUGCAGCUCGUAUCUGUCCCCCAUGCACCCGCAGCUGUCGGCCACAGGGGGCGCUCUCAGCCCCAUGAGCGGGGCCCUCAGCCAGUCGCCCGCCUCGUUCUCGUCGCAGGGCUACACCGCCGCCUCCCUGGGCUUCGGCGCCGUCGACUGCUUAGACUACAAAGACCAGACGGCGUCCUGGAAGCUGAACUUCAACGCUGCGGACUGUCUGGACUACAAAGACCAGAACUCCUGGAAGUUCCAGGUCCUGUAGAGCGUCCAGAGAGAGUUCUGCUGCACUUCUAAACAGUUCCAAAAUGGG